AUCUUGAAAUAUGUCGGCCCCACGCUCAUGCGUUUCCAUCUUAUCUCAUCUUAUGGGAAAAAAAAAAAUAUCAUUAUUCCCCGCUUGCAUUCUCCCCAAACCCCAACCUUACUCUCUCUAUUUCUCAAUUCUCUCUCUAAAGUGUGAUCUUAGUCCCGUGAGAUCCUCCUCCCUGUCUACUGCGCUUCUACUUUGGAGCAAAUAAAACCCUUGGACGCUCGAUAUAACCCCGACGCUCAAUAAAACCCUUGAUAUGCUUGCAGGAAAAUGUGAGGGUGCUUUUUGCAGUGGUUCUUGAGGAUCUCAUGUAUCAUACCCCAAGGUGAUUUUUAGGGUUUGCAGAAGUUUGCUUUGCUUGAUUAUCCAACAGUUUGCUUUGCUUGCUAAUUCAGAAUAUUAUAUGUUGACCUCCAAGAACAGGAAGUGGAAAAUUUUCUUCUUGCAAGUUUCAUAAUCAGCUAGAUUUUCUCACUGUCCACAAUGAACACAACCUGACAAGUAAACAAUUAUAUCAAAUUGGUCUAUCUUCUAUAAUGGCAGAAAAAGGUGAGGUUUAUCAAAGAUGACUUUGAGCUUGAGAAUGUAGAAUGGAGAACAAUAAGCUUAUGUUGAACUUAGUGGACUGUGGUUCUAUUAGACCUGACGCAUUUGGUGUUCCCAAAAGCGAGAUAUCAACUGAUUUAUCAAGAAAAAGGAAAGCAGAAUUUACUGGACAGCAUGCUAAGAGCUUCAAGGGCUUAUCUGAGUCAGAUAGAAAUAACUUAAGAGAAGAGGUUAUGUAUCUCUUGUUGAAUGAUGAUAAAAUGUCUCAAGCCGUCAGCGCAUAUUUGGGGGAAACUUUGCAGGGGACUGCUGGAACUGAAUUUGCAAAAAGGAACCUUGAAGGUACUCAACAACCUGAUAGGCAGCAGUUCUCUCAGGAUUUAGCUUAUAAAAUUGAAGCCUGUCUAUUCAGUUCAUAUGGGGGUGCAAGUGAUGUAUAUAUACAAAAAGCACAGGCACUUAUUCUCACUUUAAAGGAUAACACUAGCUCUGGAGUAACAAAUUCAAAUCUCCCUGGUGACUUGUGUGUUGGAGUCAGCUCUCCACAGACUGCUUCGUUUUCGGAAAGGGGUGAUGUUAGUGCCUUUGAUCAACAGCAUGAAAGUGCAGAAAGGUCCAAAACUAUUAGCUUGAAUGGGUUUUCCACCAAUGCUACAUGCCAUCUCAUGAGAAAAAUGGACCCAAAACAGAGUGCUGUGCCCUUAAGAAUGACAACAUCUGUGUCUUCCUCUUGUACUGGAAGCUCUCAUUCAGAGGAUGGAAAACCAAAGAAUGGAGUGAGUUCUUCUGGAAAUCCUAUAAAAGAAAAUACGCCUGCCACACAACAUGGUUCGAAUGUGGGGGAGGUUGCAGUUGAACAUUCGGAAAGUUUAGGGGUUCAAAAAUCCAAUGGCAGAAAGGAUGGCAAUGAUUUAAAACGCCAUUUUCUUAAUUUAGACACUGAACGAAAUUCAAAUAUGGGAACGGUGAAUCCAUCUUUUGAUGACAAGCUGUGGGAGGGGCACUUGCAGUUAAACUCUUCACAUAAAAUGGAAGCAGUUGCAUAUAGAAAAAGUGAUGUAAAGCCACCGAAGAUCAGUUGGUCUAAAUGUAUUGAAGUCAAGGGAAAAGUAAGGUUGGAGGCCUUUGAAAAGUUUAUCCAAGAACUGCCCCGUUCACGCAAUCGUGCUUUGAUGGUUGUUGCACUUUGUUGGAAAACUGGAUCUUCCCAAUUAGGUCUAACAGGAAUGAAGAAGAUUGCAAAAGGAUACAAGGAAGGGCAGAAAAUAGGUGUUGCAGAGCUUGCACCCGGGGUUGAUAUCUAUGUCUGUCCCCAAAGUCAUACUAUCAUAACAUUACUUUCAAAGCAUGGAUUCUAUAAGGGUGCGGCAGCGAACUUAGAUGAUCAAGAUGCUUUAAUCGGCUGUGUUGUAUGGAGAAGAAAUCGUGCAACCUCAUCUUCUUUGCCUAAAGCUUCAGAAACAUAUGUAUCUCCCUUAUCAAGACAAUCAUCAGAUUCCCCUUCAAUCUCUAGCACCCCACAUUCUGUAGAAACAAAAGCUCCACCGACAAAUAAUUUAGAAGGGAAUCAAGGUACUAAGCAGGUUACGAUCAAUAACCCCACACCAGAUGCAAGAACACAUUAUAUCGAACCCAUAGGGAUAGCCAUUCAAAAUGCUGAUGCAGAUAACAAGAAAGUGCAACAAGCUACUCUUUUGUGUAAAAAUAUAACCCAUAAGCAGACUGUUCAUCAGUUAUCACCGGUUACUGUUGAAGGGUUAUCUACUUCAGUUCCAAAGGAUCCCAGGACCAACUUCUUUAAAGUUGAGAAGCCCAAUGUGCCCAAAGAACGAAGUAAUUUUGAUGGGGCCACGAAAGUAUCCAAAGAUUCUCUUUCUGAACUAUUUCAUGCAUUGAUAAGAAAUCCACAGAAGUUUGGCAGUCCUGAUGAUGAAGAUCUUCCAGAGUUUGACUUUGUUUCAGCUUGUGGGCUUCCUCAAUUCCCCCUAAAUGUGCCUCCUCUUAUUAGCAAUGAAGCAAAGAAGCAACCCCAAGUUGCAGAAACCAGUGAUCCCAAAUGCCCGUUGUUUUCAGCAUUGCGAAUUUCAAGGCAGUUAGCAGUUGCACAUCAACAAAAUCUCCAUCCUCCUAUUCCUCUACUACAAGUGGAAGUAAAUUCUCACCAGGAAUCAAAGAAGAAUGGGGAACAUGAAAUGAAGGUUUUGGUUUCUAUUUCACCCACUACCAAAACAACUCAGAGUCUUUGCAGUAAGGAGGAGAUAACAGGACCCACUAAUGUCAAUUGUAACAUGAUUUUACCAAGUCCAAAGGUUGCUUCUCAAGUUGUACAGAAGCCUCUUUGGGAUGACGACGAUGAUAUGCCUGAGUGGUGUCCCCCAUCUGUGGAUCAUAAACCUGAGACAGGACCAUCAGCAUCAGCAGCCUCUAGACCAUCGUUCUUUUUCACACCGGCAAAUAUUACCUUAGGGCACUUUCAAGCUCCUCAAGGUCCACCAUAUCCUCAACCCCAGGUUCAUCAACCAAAUUUUCCUCAAGGGCAUCAACCUAGGCCAAUGGAUAUCCAUGAUCAAGGCAAUCCACCUUUGCUGCCAACCCCUAUCUGGCCACCUAGCUGUAAUUUUGCAAGGACUCCAGUCAUGGCUUUGAAUUCCAAUGCCAGGCCAUCUUUGAUGCCCACGUCUGAUAUCUUUGACUUGAGGCCAUUUGGUGGGCCCAUGGGGAAAGGGGUCAGAGAUUUUAAAGCUUAGAAGAGAGUUCUUGUUGGUCAGCUUGAGAGAAGCUAAGUUCUCUUGUAUAUAUAGCUCGGAUUUUAUAUUAGCACUUUUUUGUAAUCUGGAUGAAAUGUUAAUAGUUUGGAUGCUUUGUAUUACAUGUGUCACAUGUCUGUUUAUUUGUUUGGAAAAGGAAGAUUUGUGGUCUCCAUAAUCA